UCAAAAUCGAAAAUUAACAACAACAACAACAACCAUCAAAUACCUCACUACCGAUCAAACAACAUUUUUUUCCACAGAAAUUUGUGUUCCAUUCUUCAUUUCCUGAAAUUUUCAUUUUCACAGAACAAGAUUAUCGAUAUUGAUUCUUUGAAUGAUUAUUCAAUUUGUGAAAAAAAAGAUUAAAUAUUGGCCGAUUACUAUUGUGACAAUUACCCUGUGAAUUGUGUGUGAAUCAUCAUUAUUAUAUUAUUACCAUCGAUAAACAACGAAUUGACAAUUUCCAUUUGCAUCAUCAUCAUCAUUAUCGACUGUCAUUGAUUGUUGAUGAAAAUAAUCCAUUGACGACCGCGAAUCAAUUUUGUGUGAAUCAUAAUAAUCAAUAUAUUCGAAUUGAAAAUCAACAAUAACAACAGCGACAACGAGAAUCGUCUAGUUUGUUGACGGAUAUCGAAUAAAAAAUUUUUUUUUGUUCAUAUACAAAACAAAUUGUUUUAAAUAAAAUUUACGCUGGCUCGUAAAAAGACUCCGUCAUUACCAACAACGACAAAUUCGUCAUCAAUACGUUCAGUGACCAAUAAUAAUCAAACACCACCGGCGAUAAUUAAUAAAAAUCAGAAUAAUUUAAAUAAAAUACCGUUAACUAAUCACGAAAAAAUUCUAUCAACAUCACCAUUUUCUGAUCCAAUUGUUGAAGACGAUUUUGUAGAAGAAGAAGAAGAAGAAGAAAACGACAAAGAAACAGCAGCAAAAAAGAUUGAAUUUGACUCAACAACAGAAACAAUAUUAAAAACGGCUUCAACAACGUUAUCUACAACAACGUCAUCAUCAAGUAAAUCAAAAAAGAAAAAGAAACGACAACAACAACAACAACAACAACAACAAAAUUCAGAUAAAAAAACAUCGUCAACUAAUACCAUUAUCGAUGUUGAUGAUGAUGAUGGUGGUGGUGGUGGCGGUGAUAGCGCUGAUGGUGGAAUUAUAAAAUCAUCAUUAUUGAAUAAAAAGAAAAAUAUAUCAUCGACCACUAUUGGAAAAGACGACGACGCAAAUAAAAAACAUUCAUCAUCAACAACAUCAUCAUCAUCAUCAUCGGAUCCAUCCUCAUCUGAUGAUAGUUCCGAAGGUUAUGUAUCAUCAACAACGAUUACAAAAAAUCGACAUAGAAAAUCAACAGCAACAAAUCAAACAUCAUCAACAACAACAACAACCACAUCAAUGACGAUGACAAAUGGUGGCCGAGAUUUAAAAUCGACAAAAUCAACAACAAAGCAACCAUCAUCAUCAUCAUCAUCAUUACUAAUGCCGUUAGAUACAGAUGAUCCGUUGUUGGAUUUUGACAACGAUAAUAAUAAUGGUGGAGCUAAUGGAAAAAAUGGCUGGUCCGAUGUUAAUCUAUCGACAACACCACCUAAAUCGACGAAAUCUACGUUUGAUUCGACAACAGCCUCCAUGGAUAACCACCAUCAAAUUCUUUUGCCUGAUGUAGCACAAUUAUCAUUAGGAAAUUCAUCAUCAUCAUCACCACCACCGUCAUUAGAUAAUCAUCAGGCUGCCACAUUAAAAUUAAAUGGUUUUAAUAAGAAUAGAACAAAUUCCGAAUCAUCAUCGGCAUCAUCAUCAUCGAAUAUAUCUGAUCAAACAAAUCAGAAUCAGAAUUUGGAUGAUUUUUUGGAUCAUCCAAAUCAUGAUGUUGAUGAUCAAUAUAAUGAAACAUGUAAACCGGAUUGUUUUCUACUCAUUGAUGCGGAAGAAGUGUUGCAAGUAAAAACUGUUGAAGAAUUUAUUGCUAAACUUGGUUGUCAAUCCAAUAAAUUGGUUAAAGUGGUAUCGAUAUUUGGUAAUACUGGUGAAGGCAAAUCACAUACAUUAAAUUAUACGUUUUAUGAUUGUAUGGAAGUAUUUCGUACAAGUCCAACACAAAAUUCCUGUACUAUUGGUAUAUGGUGUUCAUAUGAUCGUCGUCGUCGUGUAUUAACAAUCGAUACAGAAGGUUUAUUAGGUUUAUCCGAUAAUAAUAAUCGUCGUACACGUUUAUUAUUAAAAGUGCUUGCCAUUAGCGAUGUUAUUAUUUAUCGUACACGUGCUGAACGUUUACAUAAUGAUUUAUUUACAUUUCUUGGUUCAGCAUCACAAGCAUAUAUUAAACAUUUUGCUAAAGAAUUACGGGCAGCAUCGCAACGUUGUAAUUUACAAUGUACCCUUUCGGAUCUGGGUCCAGUUGUUAUUAUAUUCCAUGAAACUGUCCAUACUGAUGUUUUACAUCAAGAAAAUGAUCUCGCACCCGAAGAUGUUAUACGUCAACGUUUUAAUAAAAUGUCCUUAUCGACCGAAGCAUACAGUGCAUUUGAAUAUGUUGGCAUACAGACAUUGAUGCCACCGACAGAUUUUGAUCAAUUACGACGUACAGUACAUCGUCAUCUAACAAACACAACAGUUCGUUCAGCACGUACACCGGCCGUCAUAUUCAAUGCAUUAAAAGUGUUGAGCCAAAAAUUUUCGGGUGAAAUAUCCAAAAUAACAUUGAAUCCAUUUCCGGAUGAAUAUUUUACCUGUUCCGAACACUGCCUAUCUUGCAAGUCUCGAUGUAUGCUUUCAAUGAAUCAUUCACAUGAUGGCAUACCACAUAAAAGUAAUUCCAAAUGUAAAUAUCAACAUCAAUAUUCCAAUCAAAUUUUCUAUUGUACAUCAUGUUUUGAACGUGGUGAAGAGAUUGAAGUACAAUCAAAACCAUAUGGAUCUGCCGAUUCAACAUGGGUUGGUCUAGCUAAAUAUGCAUGGGCUGGUUUUGUAUUGGAAUGUCGUCUUUGUGGUAUCAUUUAUCGUUCAAGACAAUAUUGGUAUGGUAAUAAAGAACCAACCGAAUUAACGGUUGUACAUAAAGAAAUACUUCAUGUUUGGGAAGAUGAACCAUUCCCCGGUACACAAUGUGGCCAACAAAAUUCAGCACAAAAAGUUGUCGAUUCGGUUAAUUAUCUUUCCGAAACUGUAACAAAUAUUUCAGCUAAACCAUCAAAAAUGAUCGGUAGCUGGGUUGCUGAUCAGAUUAAUCCAAGUUAUUGGGUACCGAAUGCACGUAUACAACAUUGUGGUAAAUGUGAAAAAGAAUUUGAACCAUUGGAAAAGAAACAUCAUUGCCGUCGUUGUGGUGGUGGAUUCUGUGCAGAAUGUUCAUCAAAAUAUCAACCAGUACCUGAACGUGGCUGGGGUGAUCAACCUGUACGUGUUUGUGACAUUUGUUUUGAAAAAGGACAACGAUAUCCAGAUUCAUUGAAUGGAGAAGUAACGGCACGAAAAAUGUCUGAAGCAUUACAAACAACAUUAGGUUCAGUACUACAGACCAUCGAUUAUUCAUUGGGCUGGAUCAAAGAUUCUGCAAGACCAGAUUAUUGGAUACCGGAUAAAGAUAUAACCAAUUGUAAUCGAUGUAAAUUAGAAUUUAAUGAAAAAAUACCCAUACAUCAUUGUCGAGCUUGUGGUCAAGGUGUUUGUGAUGAUUGUUCACUGCAACGUAAAAUGGUACCAUCACGUGGUUGGGAUCAUCCGGUUCGUGUUUGUGAUGAAUGUGCUGCCAAAAAGACGGUUUCCAUCUGAAUCUGAAUGAAUAUGUGUGUGCGUGUGUGUACAUAUGUGUGGAUUUUAAUCAUUUUAUCAUUUGUUUUCGUUUGAAAAAAAAAGAAUAAAAAAAAUAAAUCGUCUUCUUCAUAAACGCACAUUCAUCAUAUGACAUGAAAAGGAACAAAAAAAUUUCGAAGCAAUAAUGAAUAAUUGAAAAAAAAACAUAUACAACCAUCACAUCCAUUGAUCAUCAUCGAUCAUCAAUCAUCAUCAUUUUUUAUAUAUAAACAAAAAAAAAUCAUCAUUGCCCACAGCAUCAACGUAUGGAAUUGUCAACCAAAAAAAAAACAAAAACAAAAAAAAUCUAUUUUUCUUCCCAUCGUGUGUAUGUGUGUGUGUGUUUUUUUUUUCAUUUCGUUUGUUUCUUCACAACAUCAUCUAUAGCAGUCAUCAUAUUUGAAAUCUUGUCAAAAUAUCUAAGUCUAUGUUUCGUCGUUUUAUUUCGUCUCGUUUUUUUUUUUCUGGUUAUAUUUCCCGCAAAUCUCAGACGAAUACCUAAAAACAAUAUAUUCAAGUUUAUUUAUUCAAUUAACGGGAAGAAGAAAAAAAUUUUUCCUCAGAAUUUGAAUUCGAGAAUUAAAAAAACCCACCAAACAAAUCAAAAAAAAAUAUUGAAGAAAUAUUCCAAGAAUUGUGCCAAGUAACAAAAAUGGAAAAAAAAUUUUCGUCCGAAUUUCCAUUCUUUAUCCAUCAUCAAUCAAAACACGGAACAACGUUUUCAACAACAACAACAACAACAACAACAAAUUAUUUAUUUCUUUUUUUUCGAAUGAAAUGACUUUUUCCACUUCCAUUCCACAUUCAAAUUGCGUAGAAUCUUUUUUUAGCAUUCUUCAAUGUUUAUUAUCAGUUUUUUUUCUGUUCAUUUGAUGCAAAAUUUAAUCCACGCACACCCCAGCACCACUCACACACAUAGAAUUUCAUCAUUCAUUCAUUCGUUUCGUAAAUAAAGCCAUCAUCAUCAUCAUCAUCAAACAUGAAUAUUAACAAAUGAUUGAAAAAAAAUAUCACCAAUUUGUAGCAAGAAAAAGACUUGAUUUUUGUUUGCAUUCACAUUGUUGGUUUGAAUUAGAUUCAAAAUUUUUUUUUGUUGUCAUCAUUUUUUUUCUCUUUGGAUCGUUUUGAAUCCAAAUUCAUCAUCAUCAUCAUAUUAUUGCUCGACUAUGUUGUUUUUUUUCACAUAAAAUAAUCAUCAUCAUCAUCGUUUCACUAUUUUCUCAUUGCAAAUUAUAUGGCUCAUCAUAUUCAUUCAUUCAUGUAGAAGACGAAAUGAAGACUGAAGAAAUAAUAAACCUUGAAGAUGAACAUUUUUGAUCGGAUGCGAAUAAAUAAAUAUAUAUCAUCAAACAUCAAAGAUCAUCGUGAAAGGGUAGUUCUUCUGUUCAAUUUCUGGCCAUCAUAAUUGAAUGUGUGAUGAAAACAUUUUGCAUUGAUUCAUUUGUCGUUGGUUUUUUUCUCAUAUUCACCAAAAUUGUUUCUAUGAAUCGAAUCAUUAUCAUCUUUAAAAAUGACCAUCAUCGUUUGAUAAUUGCCGUUAAUCAUCAUCAAGACUAUCAAUUAUCAUGAUCGAGAUGAUAGAUAUGUAUGGUAAUUAUUAUAAUAUAAAAGAAAGAAUUCACAAUUCGAAUCAUCAUCAAAAAUCGAAUGUCCGUACAUCCAUCCAUUCAUCACUUCAUUCAUUCAUUUAUAUUCGAUUCGAUGUAUCGAUAGUAAUCUUUCGAAAUAUUAAUCGAUGAUGAUGGAAAUUUUUUUAUAUUGAUGAGAAAAA